CACCUAUCGCAAGAAAUAUAAACUAUAUUUUGACGAUAGAUAGGGCCCUAGCAGACGAAAAUAUUGUUAUCUUCUGUCAGGACAACAAACGGCCAGUGCUAUGUGGAGACCUGUGUUCAGGUGCUGCUCACACUUUCCUUCCAGGUUGACUCCUUCAGGACUGCAGCACAGCCUGCUGAAUAGGGUAUCAUAUUUGACCACUUCGCGUAGCAAAGAAUAUGCAUUGAAAGGCUUCUUUGCUGUGAAAAUAAGAAACUCUCGACAAUUUACAACUGACAAGAAUCUAGACAUGGAAUUCAAAGAAAGUUCAAGCAAUCUUUUGAGUGAAGUAACUGAUCUUCAAAGAACUCACAUUAGAGAAAUUUUUGAAAGCUCUGUUGAUGCAGUCAUGCCAAGGAAAAUGAUGGAAAGAGUUUUAGAAUUGUCUAAGGAUGGUGAGACACUUACAGUAGAAGGUAGAGAGUAUAGAUUACAUAAGAAUUUGAAUGUGGUUGGAUUUGGGAAGGCAGUAAUGGGGAUGGCCAGGUGUGUUGACGACCUGCUAAGACCACAUAUCAUAAAAGGGGCCAUCAGUGUCCCAUUUGGAUGCCGUGAGCUUCUUAGCAGUGCAGGCAAGAGUGAUCAGUUGCUGGAACCUGACAGUAAGAUCACUGUGUAUGAAGGUGCCAAGAAUAAUCUACCUGACAAGGAAGCCCAUCAAGCUGCCAUGGCUAUUUGGGAUCUGGUGAAGGAUUCUACGAAAAAUGAUAUUCUCCUGGUUUUGGUAUCAGGAGGGGGAUCAGCACUCCUGCCCCUGCCUCAACCCCCUAUUACUUUGGAGGAGAGUGCUGAGCUUACUAACAUUUUGUCAACUCACGGGGCAACCAUCAAUGACCUCAAUAUUGUUCGUAAACAAACAGAGGUCCUUAAAGGUGGAGGACUUGCAAGGGAUGCCAAGCCCUGUGAGGUUAUCUGUCUAAUUUUAUCAGAUGUUAUCGGAGAUAAGAUGGAUAUUAUUAGCAGUGGACCGACUGUGCAUGAUCCCAGCUCCCCACACAUCUGCCUUGAUAUCUUUCGACGUCUUGGUGUAGAUCAACUCAUUCCAAAAUCAGUGACUCAUACACUGAUGAAGAAAAUGAGUGAAGAAAGGUACAAAAAAAAUCCCAGUGACAUUGGUACUCCAACAAUGGAAGCAAAUCUACAGGAGUAUGCUCAUGUUCAGAAUAUUAUAGUGGGAAGUAAUGUCAUUGCUACAGAGACUGCUCACAGAACUGCUAUCAGGCAGGGCUAUGUCUCCACCAUUCUCAGUUCUCAACUAGAUGGGGAGGCAAGGUCUGUUGGUGCUAUGUUUGCAAAGCUGGCAAAGUAUAUGACUUUGUGUUUUGGAUAUCUGCGUUCUGAUGUUGGUUCGGAGGAACUAACCAAGGCAGAAUUGGAACUUUGUACACAUUUGCCCAAAAAGGUUUUGAAACAGAUGGCUGCGGUAAGUGAUGAAGCACAUAAUGUAGGGAAGAGUGUGUGUAUAGUAGCUGGAGGGGAAACAGUGGUGAAUGUGACGGGAAAAGGAAAAGGGGGUCGCAAUCAGGAGAUGGCAGUAGCCUGUGCCAUGGAACUUAACAAGAUCAUGCCCGCUAAAUUAGUGGAAGCUUACCAGGUGACAUUCCUCAGUUGUGGUACUGAUGGUCAGGAUGGCCCCACAACGGCUGCAGGCGCCACUGUUGACAUACAGUUUGUCCAACAAUGUCAAGAAUCUGGUUAUAAUGUGAAGAAAUAUCUUGAUGAUAAUAACACUUUCAGUCUUCUAGAGGCAGUGAACAGCGGUAAAAAUCUACUGAACACUGGUAUAACAGGCACAAAUGUCAUGGAUAUACAGUUACUGCUCAUUAAUGCAAUAUAAUGUAUGACUCUACAGUACCUACUUUUACUGAGUACAGUUGUCUAGCAAUGAGAGGCAUUUGGAUGCCAGUGAAUAGCUUUGCUUGUCUAAAAUUCCCGUCAUCAUUAUUGUUUUCACUGGUGACAGUUUGAAUUUCAAAGCACCCUUCGACCAAGUUCCGUGGUUCAUCCAUCCGUCUGUCCCUAAAGAAUCCUUGUUAUUUCUUGAUGAAAUAUUGGAAGGAUAUUUCUCAAACUUAAUAUGUACAUGUAUUUUCCUCUUGGUCACUAGUUGUGACCAUUUAUGAAUUUUGAGUCUAAUUGGGGAGAACAAAAUGGCAGACAAAUAGCCAUCUUAGAUUUUGACAGUUUGACUAUCACUAUUUUUUGUGAAGUACUAUAGGGAUAUUUCACAAACUUAAUAUACAUAUAGGUUUUCCUUAGUCUGGAGUUAAGCCCUUUCAAUUUUGUGUCUGAUUGUGAAAACCAAAUGGUCUAUAGGUGGCAAUCUUGGAUUUUGAUAUACAAAAUCUUCUGUCGCUAUUUCAUGAAAAGAACUGGAAGGAUAUUACUCAAACUUCAUAUGUAAGUUUCCCUUGGUCUUGGUUGUGGCCAUUCAAUUUUAAAUGUGAUCAGGAAAACAAAAUGGCCAAGUUGGCUAUCUUGGAUUUUGACAGUUGAAGUUUGUUAUUGCUAUUUCAUGAGAAGUAUUUGAAGGAUAUUUUGCAAACUUAAUACUGUAUAUGUGUGUAACAGGAGAGGGGAAAAUGUAGCGGCCCGACCGGGUCUCGAACCCGGGACCUCCGGACACUAGCCGGAUGCUCUACCAAUUGAGCUACCUGGUCACCGAUGAUCGACCCAGUCUAGUCCCGCUACACACCUC